GCUAUGCCGGCUGACAUAUCAGCUGCCGAAGACACGCUGGUACAGUGCUAUAACAAGGGAUGUGGACAAAAAUUUGAUCCUAGCACAAACAGUCCAGAUUCCUGCCUCUAUCAUCCAGGUCCACCAUACUUCCAUGAUGCCUAUAAGAUUUGGAAUUGUUGCAACAAGAAAAGCACUGACUUCAGUACUUGGUUGAACUUCCCAGGUUGUACUCGUGGAAAGCAUAAUCCCGAAAAACCUGCGGAUAUUGUCAAGGUCGCAGCUGUGAAGGAGAUCCGGCCAGAAAAGGAGGAAGAAGUUAUAGUAUGGAAAGGUUUGAAUAAGCCAGCUGAACGAAAAGCUGAGGAGGAAAGAAAAGAAGUCGCACUUACUGUGAGUUCAUUAGUCCUUUCUUCCCCAUCUUGGCGGGUUUGGCCUUUUCUUCGUCGAUCUCAGUUUAUCACUUGA